UUAAAGGGAUAGAUAGAUUGGAUGAUCAGGGUCUCAAUUAACUUCACUAUCUUACUUCUUUCCAGUAUUAAAAAAAAAAAAAUUCCGUAUUUCCCUCGUACCUAGUUCAACAUUUAACUGUAAACUAUGUUCUACCAUCACAUUUUAAUGAUAAAUCUAAAUAUUGUUUCAAGAAAAAUAUAUUUCUGCAUAUGAGUGAAGGUAAGGGAAGGGAGCACAUUUCAAGUUAUAUAAAGAUGAGAACAUGGAAACGGAUAUUCAGGGGACUCCUAAGUCGAAUACGAAUAUGGUUCAGAUGGCCUGAGCAACUGGUUAUUUUCACCUUUGGUUUGGUUUUCUGCAAGGGCUUGAUGAUUUAUGUGCUGAACAACCUUAUGACUUUCCUCACUGAUUUCUGGAAUUUGAACCUAAAAGAAGCAGCAGCAAUCGUCAAUCUUCAAGAAGGCCUAAGGAACAUGUUGCAGAUAUGUGUCGCCCUCUGCAUUGAUGCCUAUCUUGGUUAUCGAUGGAUGUUGAUUCUUUCUAGCGUUCUAUAUUCUGCUGGACUUGUCCUCUUAGCAUUCUCGGUGCCUGAGUACUUCUUCAACAAUGGUAAAGAAUGUCCUCUAAAGGAUUGUUUUAAGACACUGAGACAUACACCUUUCUGGGAAGGAUUAGCUCUUCUAAUUGUUGGCGGGGCUUCUCAAGUUAUUCCCCUUUACUCCCUUUCUUUUGAGCAAACCAAGGUUGUAAAAGCACCAAAAGACUCUGGACCAACAAGGGUUAAAGUUGCAUGCUGUAGGUUUGUGGUCAAACUAGGAGGCUGGCGGCAAUUUCUGCAGAAAGUGAUCCGAUGGCUUUGCCGUGGAUUCUUGAUCAUGGGAAUCAUCACAUCAGUCUAUGGUUUUCUCUCUUUUAAAAACAAUUGGCAUCAACGUUAUCUUGCAUCAGCCAUUGCCAUAGUCAUUGGUUUACUUUGGUUUCUUUGUGGUUUCCCUUUUUAUGGCCGUCGUCGAUUGCAGCCAAGCCCACUUUUGACUAUGAUGCGUACCGUGAUUGCCGCUUUGCAGAAGAGGCAUCUGAAUUACCAAGAACACUUGGGCCAACUUCACCGUCAUGACGGCGAAGAUCAGAAUCAACUUCUUACAGACCAUCUUGAGAUGCUCAAUAAUGCUGCAGUGAAAGAGUCACUGGCUGAUGACAAUUUACCAACUGGAAAUUGGAGACUUUGUUCAGUGAAAGAAGUAGAACAAAGCAAGCUUCUUUUAGAUCUGAUUCCAAUGUCUGCAACUUUCAUUGUGUAUGGCAUGGUGAAAUCUCUUGGUAAUACGUUCUUCCUCGAGCAGGCAGACAGCACGAGUGGUGAUAUACCGAUAAUAGUUCUUCAGGUUAUCAAAGGGGUUACUAGAAAUGCAGUCAAGGGAGGGUAUAAAGUAGUGUUCGCAAAACGGAUACAAAGAAUGCAAAGACAAUACUCUGAUGGAGUGAAGAUCGGCAUUGGUAUGUUAACCUCCAUAAUAUGCUGUGCUGUUGCAUCAUCGGUUGAGUCCAAAAGGUUAGAAGCUUUGCGUGAAAGCGGGUUGUUGAAUGAUCCCAAAGCAAGGGCCCCCAUUUCAGCAGCUUGGUUGCUUCUGCAAUUCUGUUCUCUGGGUGCAAUGGAAGGAUUAGCAGGUAGCGGAAUUGCAGAUUUCUUUGGUCAUUAUGUGCCUGAUUCAAGGAGAUAUGGACCUGUAUUUACAGACACGCUUGCAGGAUUUGGAAUACUACUUAACAUUGGAUUCAUAGCCAUGAUAGAUUAUUACAGCAGGUUCAGAUAUAAAGAAAGUUGGGUUGGUGAUAGCGUAAACGAAAGUCGUUUGGAUUUGAUCUAUCGUGCAUAUGUCAUACUCGCCAUACUCAACUGUUUCCUCUAUGCUUAUGUCUCCUCAUCGUAUUCUUAUGAUAAUAUAAUAGGAAAACCAGAAGACGAACCAGAAAUACCAUUCUUGGAAGUUAAACAAGAAGAAGAAACAGUGGCCUAUGAGUUGCAGAGUAUUCCAGUGCGUUAGGCUGGUGUAUUCUAUGAUACUUGGUGAUGUGUGUGUUUAACAUAAGAAUGUUCAAAUUUUAAAUCAUAUCUCAAACAAGAAUGCCUUAUAUGGAUUUAUAUAUAUAUAUACAUGGGGACUAGUUUACGUUGCCA